UCUUAGUUGGUUGUCUGCUCUACACCCUGGGACACCCGAUACUUCUUUCCCAUUGUUUAUAUUCCUGUUGCCUGUUGUUUUAUUGUUUUAGCACGCAGUUAGUGGUGUUCUUCAGUGAAAUGCAGAAGGCGAAUAUUUCAUGCGGCGGCCUCGACGCCACCUCCGCCUCCGCGGCGUCGCCGAUGCAUUUCUCUCAUAGCAAUCCAUUUCUUUUCCCUACGUCGCCGACUUAUGUGAACUCCGUUCCGUCUUUCUACUCCUCUCUCUUUCAGAACUACUCCUCGGACUCUCCCUCCGACACCGCGUCCUUCGACGGCGGAGACACCGAUCGCCGCCUCCAUGACGCGAGCUGCAUCCUCGAGUACCAGCAGCUCUACAACCGUUACAAACUCUGCCUCGCUCAGCUCCACGAUUCCAUUGAGGAGCUUGACGCCCUCCGUCGUGAGAAUGAAUCUCUUCGCCUCUCCAACGCGGAUCUCUCACACCGUGUCGCCUUACUGUACUCGCGCGAUCGUCUUUUCUCUGAGUUCAACCGACUCAAUGUUGCCAGUCCGUCAGCCGCCGCUUCGCGUGCCGCUUAUCCGACUGCAACUCAGCCUCUUACUGAGCACAAUCGCGUCGAGCGGAGGAGCGCCGAGCGGGUCCCCAUUCCGAAGAGCAUUUCUGUGCGCUCCAGUGGUUAUCUGAAGAUAACUCAACCCGGUAGGGAUGCAACCUGUCAUAAAGCAGUGUCUCAAACCCCUGCUGCAUUGCAGCAAAGAGUGUGUAUACCAGGGUCCAAAAAGGAAGAAGAAGCACUGGAAUUCGAUGUCUACAACCAAGGAAUGUUCAAAACUGAGCUCUGCAACAAGUGGGAGGAGACAGGGGCGUGUCCUUACGGGAAGAACUGCCAGUACGCACAUGGAAUCAAAGAACUACGGCCGGUGAUCAGGCACCCACGCUAUAAGACUGAGGUUUGCCGCAUGGUUCUGGCCGGAGACAUCUGCCCAUAUGGUCACCGCUGCCACUUCCGCCACUCUCUCACCGAGCAGGAGCGGCUCAUGGCGGCGCCACCUCGUUGAUAAUUGAUGAUUCCGCGUUGGGGAGUAAUAAUUAGUAUUCAGAGGUUUUUCCCUCUCUCUCCCUUCUUCCCCUUCUUUUUGCGCCCCUUUCUAGUCAUUUUGGGGGAAUUAAACUGAGUUUGUAAAGCAAUUGAUCCCAGUUAUUGUUGCAUGGUUUUUGACAUGAAUAUAAUUCGAUAUUGUUUAGUUCUAUAGGGUAGUUAAUAAUGGAUGUAAAUGGGUGACCGUUAAUGAUGAGAUAGUGAUGUGGAUGCAACACAUAAAGUUUUCAAUCCAAGGUAAUAGGAUUAUACUAACCAAUGCUUGUGCGACUCAAGAUGGAGCUUGGGAUUUAAUGGACAAAUUG